AUGGUUCUCCAUUAUCUCGAAUUCAUUCUCGGUCGGUUGCUGUACCCAAUCCGUGGCCAUGAUUCUGGUCAGAUCAUCCAUUGUCCGGCCUUCAAAGACCUUCCCGAGCCGAACAUGACCCUCGAAGCACCCGACGUCGGCCCGUCGGGCUCCAAGCUACCUCUCCACUGUACUUGCAAGGCCGAUGAUGGCAAGGGCUGCCUUCCUGAGCUACGCUGGACCGCUCCAAACAGUCGCGAAGAAGUCAAGGAGUAUGUACUCCUCUGUGAAGAUCUCGACCCACCCAUCCCAUUCCUCGUCUUCCACCAUGGUCUCCUCUGGGCAAUUCCUGCCACGACUACCAAGGCUGAAGCGGCCAACGUCAAGCCGGACGAACACGCCAAGAUCUGCCGCAUGACCGUCGCUGGUUGGCGAUUUGUGCCCAACAUGCUUGGAUUGCCGUAUGUCGGUGCUGGUGCACCCCUCGGUCACGGAAAACAUCGCUACGUCUUCACCAUUAUCGCUCUCAGUGAGUCACUGAAAUUCAAGGCUCCCGAGAAGGCCAGCAAGAAGGAUAUCAAGCGCGCUAUGGCCGGCAAGAUCAUCGGCUGGGCGCAGUGGACUGGCAUCUUUGAAAAGCCUUGGCCCAACUAA